UUUUUUUUUUCUAGCUAUUCUAAAACUCGCCAUAUAUAUUACUAAAUGUGGUUACCGAUUCUUGGAAACCAUUUAUUUUCAUUACAAAAAUGGAGCUUCAUACUAGUGAACAAUCGGCAACCCACCACACGUGCCAUCCGUGCCGGCGAGUCAUUCCAUACAGAAUCUACGCCGUAGUUCACACGUGUGGUAUCAUAGCCCUCAUGUAUCACCAUGCAUAUUCACUUCUGACAGAACACACCGCUCUAACAUCGUUUCUUCUUCUCCUCUCCGACGUCGUUCUCGCUUUCAUGUGGGCCAGCACAACGUCCCUCCGGCUAAACCCGGUUCAUCGAACCGAGUACCCUGAAAAAUAUUUUUCUAAACCGGAAGAGCAUUUCCCGAAGCUAGACGUGUUCAUAUGCACUGCUGAUCCUUACAAGGAGCCUCCCAUGAUGGUGGCCAACACGGUCUUAUCAGUGAUGGCAUUCGGUUACCCGUCUUAUAAGGUCUCUGUCUACGUAUCGGAUGAUGGUGGAUCGUCAUUAACGUUGUUUGCUUUGAUGGAGGCUGCUAAGUUCUCUGAGCAUUGGUUGCCUUUUUGCAAGAAGAAUAAUGUUCAAGAUCGGUCUCCUGAAGUUUAUUUUUCCUUGAAGUCAAGUUCUUGUACUGAGGAAGCUGAAAAUCUUAAGAAAAUGUAUGAAGAUGUGAAGGAGAGAGUAGAACAUGUGGUGAAUAUUGGCAAAGUUGAUCAAGAUCAGUUUCGUGAGGUCUUCGAUUUGUUGGACCACAAAUUCACUCCUCAGGACCAUCCAAGUAUUAUUAAGGUUCUACAAAACAACGAGACAGGGAUAACGCCAAACCUAAUAUAUGUAUCAAGAGAGAAGAGUAGAGCUACACCACAUCAUUUCAAAGCCGGUGCUCUUAAUACAUUGUUACGAGUUUCUUCGGUGAUGACAAACUCACCAAUCAUUCUAACACUAGAUUGUGACAUGUACUCAAACAAUCCCACAACACCUCUUCAUGCUUUGUGCUAUUUGUCAGACCCUAAGAUAAAUUCCGGUUUAGGAUUUGUUCAAUUUCCUCAGAGAUUUCAAGGAAUUAACAGAAACGAUAUAUAUGCAUCAGAGCUCAUACAUCCCUUUGACAUCAAUAUGGUUGGGUAUGAUGGUCUUAUGGGCCCAAUUCACGUGGGCACUGGGUGCUUUUUCAAUCGACGAGUUUUCUACGGGCCUCCAGCUAAUUUGAUUUUGCCUGAGUUAGAUGAACUUGCGCCAAAUAGGAUUGCAGAUAAGCCCAUUAAGGCCCAUACUGUUUUGGCAUUGGCACACAAUGUAGCUGGAUGCAACUACGAGCAUAACACCAAUUGGGGAUCCAAGAUUGGAUUCAGAUAUGGAUCAUUAGUAGAAGACUACUACACAGGGUUCAUGCUUCAUUGUGAAGGAUGGAGAUCAAUGUUUUGUAGACCCCAAAGAGCUGCUUUUUAUGGAAGCGCCCCAAAACGCCUAACAGAUGUAGUGUGGCAACAAAUGCGUUGGUCCAUUGGUCUUCUUGAAAUGGGGUUUUCAAGGUAUAGCCCAUUCACCUAUGGUUUGAAGUCAUUAGGCCUGUUUACAGGCUUAGGCUAUUGCUACUAUGUGGUUUGGCCGUUUUGCUCAAUUCCUCUUACCGUUUAUGGGGUUUUACCUCAGCUUGCCCUAAUAUAUGGGAUUAGAGUGUUCCCCAAGCCAUCAGACCAAUGGUUUUGGCUUUACAUCUUCUUGUCCCUUGGUGCAUAUGCGCAAGAUCUAGCAGAUUUUUUGUUGGAAGGAGGAACUUGUCAGAAAUGGUGGAACGAUCAGAGAAUGUGGCUGAUAAGAGGGCUCUCUUCAUUCUUCUUUGGUAUGAUAGAGUACACUCUCAAAAACCUAAACCUCUCCACACCUGGAUUCAAUGUCACCAGUAAAGCCAAUGGUGAUGACGAACAAAAGAAGCGGUACGAGCAAGAAAUAUUCGAUUUUGCGCCCUCUUCGUCCAUUUUCUUACCCAUGACCGCAGUGGCCGUCCUGAAUCUCUUUGCUUUCGUCUCGGGGCUCUAUGGUCUUUUCGCAUGGGGAGAAGGACUCAGCCUUGAGCUGAUGCUUGCAAGCUUCGUGGUGGUGAAUAGCUUACCGAUCUAUGAAGCCAUGGUGCUGAGGAAAGAUGAUGGAAAGUUACAAAAGGGUAUUUGUUUCUUAGCUGGGAUACUCACACUUGUUCUUAUUCUGGGAGGUUACUUUUUACUCAAGUAACUUCAUCUGUUAGGGUUUUUUUUUUAAACAAUAAGUCUUCAGGCAGAAGUCACAGAAUAUAUAUCCACUUUGUAAUGUGAUGUAAUACAUUGUGGUCUCUUGCAUCAUCAAAAUCUAAUAAAAUUUGAAGAUUUACAACU